UCCAUCAUCUGACUUACUGGCAAUCUGCGCACGCAAUGGUUGCCUUGACGUGAUCUAGGGCCACCCUGCUGGGAAUUUACCGAUGCGCUCCCUUGAUAUCGCUCACAAGACCUGGCUGCCAACCGCGUUCAAGAAGGGCGACUUCGGCAUUCACUUGCACAUCGAGUAUGACCCCGUGAAGGAGUCGGUCCUCAGCGCACAAACGUACCAGGUGCCCAAUCUCGGGGACGAGCCGCCGCCGCCCAGUCCGGAGGUGUUGGCAAAGAUCGAAGAGAAGGCAUCUGAGGUCAUGCAGGAGAACGGAUUGUGUCGGCAGAAGAUUGCCGAGAUCAACCGCGCCCUUCGCGAUGCUCCAAAGCUUCCGCAGGACCUUUUCGGUCCUGCAGAAUCAGGUAUGCCGACAGAGCUGCUGCUGCUGCAGAGAGAUGGCAGCGCAAGCCGCGCUGAGGUGAGGCGACCAUCUCGAUGGAGCCGCUUCCUGUAGCCGUGAGCGGCGGCGAAUGCUUGGC